AAAUAAAAUCAAAGUGUCACUUUGGUUGGUUGGCCCAAGGCCCAACUCAAACUUUAAAUUUUAAUAACUUUGUUUAUUUUUGUGAUUUGCUCACUGCGAACUGCGAGCAGUGCUAGAGAAUUUAUUUUAGUUUCACUUGUAGUGAAGUCUCAAGUCACACGUUUGCCGCGCGGUGACAUGUCAAUGUUUAUUUACUUUCUUUAUUUCACCUUUAGAUAAGAGGUUAUAUCUGGGACUGUUUACUCAAUAAAAGUGCUGGUUAUUUUCCAAGUAUGCGGUUAAAUAUACGGCUGUUAGCAGCUGUAAAACAGAACUUUUUCAUAACUACUCCCAUAUUUUAUGUCAAUGCAGCUCCGCACAUAGGUCACCUAUACACGGCGCUGGUUGCUGACGCAGUGCAGAGGUUCGAGAAGCUUGUGCAUCCUGAUAUCAAUGUUGUCUUUACCACAGGCACGGACGAGCAUGGCACUAAGAUCCAGCAAGCGGCAGCGAAGGCCAACCUGCCGCUACCGGAGUAUUGCACCAAGAUCUCUCAGGAGUACAAAGAUCUGUUCAAGGAGUACAAUAUUGGGUACACAGACUUUGUGCGGACCACUGAGGAGAGACAUAAGACUGCGGUUCGGCAUUUUUGGAACAAGCUGAAAGAGGAUGACUACAUCUACAAGGCGAGCUACGCUGGCUGGUACAGUGUCAACGACGAGGCCUUUGUACCCGACGCGCAAGUGAAGGACCAAAACAGGGACGGGGAAAUGGUGAAAGUGUCGCUAGAGUCCGGUCAUACCGUGGAAUGGACGGAGGAGACGAACUACAUGUUCCGCCUGAGCGCCUUCAAGACUCAUCUGCAGAGGUGGCUCAAGACAGAUGGCCUGAUCACUCCGCACAAGUUCCAAAAGCAACUACAAGACAUGGUGGCCGGAGACGCGUACUUACCCGACAUCUCUGUGAGCAGACCCUCGUCUAGAGUGCAUUGGGCUAUACGGGUGCCGGACGACGACACACAGAGUAUCUACGUGUGGCUGGACGCGCUUGUCAACUACCUGACGGUGGGGGGGUACCCGCGCCCCCCCGCGCCCCUGCACCCCCCUGACCUGCACGUGCUGGGGAAGGACAUACUCAAAUUCCACGGCAUAUACUGGCCGGCAUUCCUAAUGGCGAUCAAAUGGCACCCGCCGCGCGCCAUCUUGUGCCACGGACACUGGACAGUCGACGGGGCCAAGAUGUCCAAGUCUCUACACAAUGUGGUCAGUCCACGGGACAGUGAAGUGGGCAGUGAGGGCCUGAGGUACUUCCUGUUGAGCGAACACACGCUGCAUAGUGAUGCCAACUACAGCACAACAAAGCUAAUCAACACCGUCAACGCAUCCCUGGCCGACACUCUCGGCAACCUAAUGUCGCGGUGCUCGGGGCCGGCGUUGAACCCGCGCGGGGAGCUGCCCCCGCCGCCCCCCGCGGCCCCCGCCGCCGCCCGACCGCUAAUAGAUGCCGUCACCGAGUUGCCAGAGAAAUGCCACCACUUCUACAGCAACUACCAAUUCUACAAGGCGGUGGACUCAGUCAUAGAGGUACUCCACAUGGCCAACCUCUACUUCGAAGAACAGAAACCCUGGGAGCUCCGCAAAAGGAUAGAAUGCCAGAAAGACCUAGAUGACAUCCUACAUAUAACCAUGGAAACGCUUAGGGUUUGCGGGAUCAUUCUACAGCCUAUCAUCCCGGAGUUAUCGACCAAACUGCUGGAUAAACUGUCGGUGCCAAAAGAUGAGAGGACUUGGGAGCAUUGUGAAAAGAUGUCUUGGUUGGAAACGGGGGCCAUUCGUGAGAUGAGGCAUAUUCAGAGCGGCAAGUUUGUUCUGUUCCAACGGGUUUAUACGGAUAAGGAUAAGAAAACCGCCAAGGAGAAGAAAGCUAAUGUGUAAUGUUCGGGCAGUGUGAGUGAAGUAAAUAAAGAAACUAUGCGAAAAUGGUGGCCGUUUUAUAAAAUAGAAUACUCUUUAUUCACACAAUGAAAGAAAAUAUUAUAAAAAACCAAAUUAUAAAUAAAAUGAGUACUUACUAAAAAAAGGCGACCUUAUUGCUUAAAGCAGUCUCUACCAGACAACCUUUGGAUGGAAGAGACAAUUUUAACAUAGGUAAUUUAUGGGAGUUGAGGUGAUUUAUAUGUGGGAGUAGGAAGGAGACCUAUAGACAUACGGUUAUAGCGACAUAGAGUAAGAUAGCAUGAAUCCUUCCGCCAUUUUCAUAUUGUUUCUAUAUUCACGGAUAUUAUGGUGUAGUUUUUUUUCAUGCUGAGUGCCAGUUGUUAAGUUUUUGUUAGUAAACCAUGGAAGUAACUGUAUUGUUUGUUAUUUUUUUUCUAUUGUACAAAUUUAUUUACGCGUUUGUGCCUUCGCUUGAACCACAUUUGACAUAUUACCGUGUAAUUCAGCCAUAAUUGUUAAAAAGUGAUAGAUUGCCUGCUUCUCUAGCGCCACCUAUAGAUUAAAUACGGUCUAUCUAUAACAAUUAAUUAGGAUUAUGAUCCACUGCCGUUUUCAGGACUUUAUAGUUGGACUGUUAUUCAGCCAUAAGAAAGUGCUAGAUUGCCUGCUUCACUAGCGCCACCUAGUAUCAGUCGUCUGAGUAGGUACAUUCACUUUGUCAGACAUCAUCACAACCCAUCACGUCCCCACUGCUGGGCACGGGUCUCCUUCCAAUGACGGAAGGGCUCAGAGGGCCUAUCACAGGCUAAUUUUCGAUUCUACAUAUGGAAAAAGAACAGCGCCAACGCCUUAGAUUUUGACAGUGACAGCUGAUGAUACGCAACGUAAACGAAGGUUUGAAAAUCUUUUAAUCCCUGUACAGGCACAGUGGCACAUAAAAAUAAAAGAAAGUCCAAAAUGCUGUUUAAAAAUAAGCGGCUACCUUUCUAUGGUUAUUGUAGAUAAGGUGUUAUCUCAAAUGUGGUUCAAGCGAAAACACGAACACCUAAAUAGUUCUUUAAUCUUUUGUCAAACUUUACCAUUCACAUACCGAAUAAAAUACAAUCACAUCAUACAGUUAUUAUGUAGUAUAUAUGAAUGUAAAUAAGAACCUAUUGCAUUAUUUAUACGCGGAAAUGAUCAACUGAGACUGCCCUUGAGAUAAUGAUGUGUUGUGUAUUUAUCAUUAGUUUUACACUUAGAGUGUGCAAUAUUGUUAAAGUUCUAACGUUUCUGUGCAAUUAUUGAAAUAAGUAGGAACGAAUCUAAGGGUUUAUUCUAGCUUAGGAAUAUCGAAGUUUCGUUUGUUUUUGUCUGGAGUUAACCCUACCAUCCCACAUUACCUGUGUGAACAAAUCAACUAUUGGAUAAUUUUACUGCAUUUAGUUUCUUAAUUUAAUACAUAGGUACCUGCAUAAUAAUAUGCUCACGAUUGUAUAAUCCCUGAAGGGUUAGUCAUAGGUUACUCGCAAGUGAGUCACCCGCUUUUCGUUGUACAUUUGUACUCACGAGAUAGGUCGCUAGCCAAAUCGCCCUUUUCGAAUGAGUACAAUGCACUUAAAGGACACAUCUAGAAUCUAGAUGUGCAGGUUCCCUCACGAUGUUUUCCGUAAGAGCGAUGGUAUACAUUACAUUUAAAUUCCAAAGAACUCAUUGGUAAAUGUCAGCGUCGGAUUUCGAACCCGCAUCUCUAGCGUGAGAAGCGGGCGCUUACCCGACUGAGCUACCACCGCUCCUAAUUUUUAAUUAAUGAUUGUUGUAUUUUGGAAUGUUUUGUUGGAUAAUAUCCAGUAUGUUGGCCUCUGUUAGGCUAGCAUGCAAAAGAGGCAUAUUAUUAUUUACUUGUGUUUAUUUAUUGUACUUAUAUAAUGUUAUGAACCUAGAGCUGAAGUGGGAUGUAGAUUUAGAUAGUUUAGUUGUAUUGAGUUGUUAUAGAAAAAUAAGGGUGUUAUAAAUUUGCCAGUUCUUUUAACCGAAUCUACCUAUUAGUUAGUCACUUUGUACAUACGUAAUAAAUUGAUGAAAUUAAUUUAUUACCUA